AUGAGUGAUGGCACUAAUCUUCUUCCUGAUCAAAUUAGUUACGAUAGAAAUGAAAUACUCGGUACGGGUGGCUUCGGGACCGUGUUUCUUGGUAGUUACAAUGGCAAACAAGUCGCCGUCAAGAGAAUCGAAUUGCAGCGAUUGGAUCCGAAAGAUCGCGAAGUCACACUGCAAAAACAGCUCAAUCACGAAAAUGUGAUGGCAAUUCUAGCCGUUGAACAUGAUGUCGACUUUAGAUUAAUCGCUCUUGAAUUGUGUGCCGGAACACUAAUGCACGUUUGCGAGGGGAAAUACGUUGGACCAACUCUUCCGUCGGAUGUGGAAGUGGCGCAACAGAUUAUUGAGGGGCUGCAUUACAUUCACUCCAAGAAUUUGGUUCACCGAGAUGUUAAACCGGAAAACAUUCUCGUUUCAAAAUCGGAACCUGCAACAAUCAAAUUGUCCGAUUUCGGAUUCAGUAAGCAAACGAGUAGCAGCGGGAGGUAUUCAAUAAGCGCAAUCAAAGGGACUCUAGAUUGGAUGGCACCCGAGUGGAAACUGAAUAAUGCAACAGAAAUUAAAACGGGCUCGUCCAGUAUCGACAUUUUCUCAACCGGAUGUGUCAUUUUCUUUUACGUCACCCGCGGGAAACACCCGUUUGGUGAAGCUGAUACAGUGACAAGUAAUAUUGUCCAAAAUAAUCCAGUCAAUAUUGAUAAAGCUGGUGAUUGUCCAGAACAAUUUCUGAUUGGCAUUGUACGCGAAAUGAUUGAAUAUGACCCGAAUAAAAGACCGCCAUUGGAAAACAUCCUGAAGAAAUUGAAAUUGCCAUUUUUGACAGACUCUGUAAAUGGAGCGGGAGCUAACAGGACAGUUGAAGACGAUUGGUGCAUAAUAGAAGAAUGUGUGCGGAUAGUGGCCGAAGAUGGCCAUUGCGUCAUCCGUUUCCACCCGACCCAACCCGUUCUUGCCUGCAUCGUCGGUGAAAAAAUGGUCGUAUUCUAUGCGACCAAUUCGUCUAUUCCUUUUUCUAAUUGGGAUGCAAAGCCAAUUGAAUUUCCUCGUGGAAAUAUAGAAAGAAUCGUGACGAUGGAAUGGAACAUAGACGGUACCCAAUUGGCUGCUAUCGCUUCUAACGAGCGUGACAUCAUCGUGUGGAGUUAUCCAAGUGGCGAAAUUCUCUUUCAAAAGAAUUUACCCGAGCAGAUCCAACAAAUCGUGUGGAAUCCUUUCAGACCUAAUCUAUUUGCUACUUUUAAGAGAUGGUGGAAUCCUUUCAGAGAAGACAUCGCCGAAAAAGUUCGAGGUAUGUGGCUUCGAAACUUUCAAUACUCGGUGACUUUCUGUGAUUCAUCGCCUGCCGACCGACCAACAUUUCACUUAUGCACAUUCAAACGUGAGAAAACCGGAGUGAUUGCGAGUGUCCAGUGGAUCUCGGAGAACCGAGCCGCUCUCGGCUUAUACAAUGGCGGAAUUGAAAUUUGUGAAAUUGGCGAAUCGACGGCGACAGUCAAAGUCGUCAAAUUCGUUGGAUACAGAAACGUUGGUUGGAUAAGAGGUAUGCUAUGGAACGAACGGACAAAGUGUCUGGCUACUUGUUCCUACCGAUGGACGAAGGUUUGGUCAGUGGACAGCGACCAACCCAUUCACGUCUACAAGAACGGAUUUUGUCGAAGCUUUGCUUGGCUUCCGAACGGCCGGAAAAACACGGGCGACGAGGGAAUGAACGCGGCCAGGAAUUCGUCAGACAAUUUCAUUUUGGCUAGUGGAAUGGAUAAAGGGAGAAUUCUCAUUUGGACUCCACUGGAAAGAGAAAAGGACGAAAGAAUUCUUAGACAACAUUCAGGUGUAGUCGAUUCCUUGUCGUUUUCACCCGACGGACGGUUUCUCGCAUCAGCCGACACGGAUGGCAAAUUGAUCGUCUGGUCAACUGAGAAUUGGGAGUCGGUUUUCAUCGGUGAAAAAGAUGGAUGGAUCGAUUGUCCCUCGUGGAUCUCUACAUUUACGAACGUCCCUGAAUAUAAAUUAACUUUCAACUCAUCGAAUGGCACGGUCCGUGUCGUAGAAUACCGUUGAUGGCCAAAUUGAGUAAUUCAAGACGUUGUCCCCAUGAGAAUUGCGAAUGAAUAAUCGGAUCCAAAGACGACAAAAAAUAUCACAAG